AUGAUGCUCAGAGCGACUUUUCUUAUCACCACUCUCCUCACUCUCGUCAUGAAAGCUCACGCUGCCACUCUUCCAAUCCGAAUCCUAACCCACAAUAUUCGCUAUGCCGCCAACCCACCAGCCUCAGGCGAGAAACCCUGGCCGACACGCAAGCAACUGAUUCUCAAUGAGCUGCACUACAAUACCCUACACAACCCAGAAGCUUUCAUCUGCCUCCAAGAAGUACUCAAUGAGCAGAUAGUUGACAUCAUGGCCGGCCUGGGCGACGAAUGGGCCUACAUUGGCGUAGGUCGAGACGACGGCAAAACAAAAGGAGAAUACAGUCCCAUCAUCUACCGCAAGGCCGUCUGGGGACUCAUAGCAUGGCAGACUGUCUGGCUAAAUGAAAAUGGAGCCGUAGGGAAGAAAGGCUGGGACGCUGGAUCCGUCCGCAUCGUCACAAUCGGCACGUUCAAGCACAACCAAAGCAAGAAGACCAUGGUAGCGAUGUCUACGCACUUCGAUAACGCAGGCGCCAUCUCGCGCCGUGAAUCCGCGAAGAUUAUCGAGAAGGUCGUUGCUAAUGUCGCUUCCCCCACUGCGAAUGGCUCGUCCGCUACGUUACCUUUCUUCCUAGCUGGUGAUCUUAACUCUGAGACUUCGGGCGAGGCAUACACGAUUCUGAACAAUGGUUCGUCUGUUAUGCAAGAUACGAAAGAGCAAGCUAAGUGGUUGUAUGGAGAUCAGAACACGUUUACGGAUUUUGAUGAUAAGACGAAGACGCUGAUUGACUUUGUUUUUGUGGGACCGAGGGGAAAGGGUGAUUGGGUGGUUGAGGGGUAUAGCGUGUUGCCGAAUAGGUUUGAGGAUGGGGUUUAUGGGAGUGAUCACAGAGCGGUCGUUGUGGAUGGGUUAUUGAAGAUCUGA